CCCGACGGCGGCUGGGGCUGGAUGAUCGUGGCCGGCUGCUUCCUUGUCACCAUCUGCACCAGGGCUGUCACGAGAUGCAUCUCCAUAUUUUUUGUGGAGUUCCAGACCUACUUUGGUCAGGAUUACGCCAGAACAGCUUGGAUCCAUUCCAUUGCAGACUGUGCCACCAUGCUCUGUGCCCCGCUCGGGAGUCUGAUCAGUAAUCAUGUGUCCUGCCAAGUUGGUAUCAUGCUAGGAGGGCUGCUUGCAUCUACAGGACUAAUUUUGAGUUCAUUUGCCACCAGUCUGGAACAUCUCUACUUAUCGUUGGGAGUCCUUACAGGACUCGGGUUUGCACUCUGUUACUCUCCAGCCAUUGCCAUGGUGGGCAAAUAUUUCAACAGAAGAAAAGCGCUGGCUUAUGGAAUAGCCAUGUCGGGAAGCGGAAUUGGUACCUUCAUCUUGGCCCCAGUGGUCCAGCUCUUAAUUGAGCAGUUUUCCUGGCGUGGAGCAUUACUCAUCCUGGGAGGUUUUGUUCUAAACCUCUGCGUCUGUGGUGCCUUGAUGCGGCCUAUUGCUCUCAAAGAGGACCGUAAAACUGCUCCUGAGUUCCUUGAACAGGAUUAUGUCCCUGAUGCACAGAAACAAGACUUAAAGCAAAUGUCCAAUUGUUCACCUUUAAUCAAAGCAUGGUCCCGAGAAUGUUUAUGCUACUGCUCGUGGAAAGAAUAUGACUUUUUACUGAUGCCGGGCUUCAUGGUGCUGGCAGUGUCGGUUUUGUUUAUGGCCUAUGGCUGUAGCCCUCUCUUUGUCUACUUAGUGCCUUAUGCUUUGACUGUUGGAGUGAGUCAUCACCAGGCUGCCUUCCUCAUGUCCAUACUUGGUGUCAUUGAUAUCGUUGGCAAUAUCACCUUUGGAUGGCUAACAGACAGAAGGUGUCUGAAGAAGUAUCGGCACUUCUGCUACCUCUUUGCGGUGGGAAUGGACGGCCUCUGUUGUCUCUUCCUGCCGGUCCUCCAAAGCUUCCCUUUGCUUGUGCCUUUUUCAUUUACCUUUGGCUACUUUGAUGGGGCCUACGUAACGCUGAUCCCUGUUGUGACAGCAGAUGUAGUAGGAACUUCUUCCUUAUCAUCGGCUUUGGGUGUCGUGUAUUUUCUGCACGCCAUACCGUACCUGGUGAGCCCGCCUGUUGCAGGUUGGCUUGUGGAUACAACUGGCAGCUAUACUGCAUCAUUCCUCCUGUGUGGAUUUUCUAUGAUAUUUAGCUCAACACUAUUGUGCUUUGCGAGAGUAGCAAAGAAAAUCAAAAAGACACGUUUGCAGUCACUCGCCAAUGACGCCAGCACCAAACAGCACAUCUGGACAAAUGGAGCGAUAGCUUAUUCUGUCACAGGAGAAUUAGACCAAAAGGAUGUUGAAUUUUUGGCUGUGGACACAAAGAGCUACAGCAACAGAUGACAAGUGCCAUCCAGACUGAGCACAGCACAGCCAGGGUGGCAGUGGUGUUAUGCUGCUGAGGACUUCAGUUCUGUGAAACGAAGCAUCUCCCAGUCACGUUUUUCCAUCAGCUUUUAGUAGGCUAAAACUGACAUACAGCAACAGUAAUACAAAGUUAAUACAAUAAUAGGACGUAGCUGGAUUAAAAGUAAAGAGCUUAUAGAUAUACGUGUUCCAAAUUUGUUCCUAAUGCUGUGUCUUGACUCUUCAAGUAAUAUUGAAGAAGAUAAUUGGCUGUAAUCAAAAUUCGAUUUUGAUGUUUUCAGUCAACAAAAUGAAGUACAAAAUUGAAGUUGAAAUUAUUUUUAAAUUAUUUUUUGAACCACGACAGUGAAAAAAGCUUUUUGGUGGCCUGGUCCCUUAUAUUUCAAUGGACUAAUCAAAGAACCCACUGAAGACCUUCACACUUAUCCCUCUGCAUAAAGCUCUCUGCACAUAACCCUUUCCCUUGCCAAAGUUGUUUCUAGAAAAUGUGUCAGGAAGCGGCAGUUAGCCUUGAAAGCAGCUUUAUUUCUGUUACAGUGAGCCUAAUGUUGGUAUGCAAGUAGCCACUUUGUUUGAGGUAAGUUCCUAGAGCUGCUUUCCCAGCUCUCUGCUACACGGAAGUUGUAAAAACUCUUUUCCUGGGAUCAGAAGCCUAAAUUUCCGAGCCCUGCCGGCGCUGGCACGGGAGGUGCCGGAGGGGCAGCACUGCUGGGUCACAGAGCCUGUCAGCACCUUCUGCCCAGGGGCCAAGGGGCUUUCUGGGUUUCCAAAGGCACCGCCGCUUCCUGCUGCCAAAUCAGCAGCUCUGGAAGCAGGGAGUGCAAACAGCUAAUGGAGAAACCGCUCACGGGCCGUUGGGGAAGAGGAUCACAGAGUGGUACCCGGCAGACAGGUUGUUGCAGCGUGUUGCCGUGUCAGAGCUGUCUCCUUUCCUUGGAUCCAGUCACCCAUUUGCACCAGCUGAAGAGCUGAUCAGGUCAUUUGUCCUGAGUGGCCAGAGAACAGCAGCUGUGAUCUGCUGAUAAUUUCCUGCUGCUUGUGCUAGCAAAAUGCUCCAGCUGGCUCCCUUGUAAAGACUGUUCACCACAUGUACCUCAUGGGAUAAGUUGCCGAUGUGAUGAUUUAUUAAAUAAUGGGAUGCUUCUGCAUUUCCAAAACGAAGAGCAGGAUGAACUUCACAUUCUGAAAUGUGAAUCAUUUCUGUAUUUUGAUACUGUUAAAAUUUUUUUGUUCAUUAGUAAUUUGAUCGGAGUCCAAAUAAUUUUCAUCAGUGCUCAGUUAGUAGUGUGAUAAUCAUCUACAGUGUAUUUGAUGUUUGCUAAUGAUGUCCUGUUCAUAUGUCCUGUUUGUUCAGUGCCUCAGAAGGGAACGCAACACAGACUGUGAAGACUGAAGUUAAUUUAGAUCAAAAGUAAAAAGAGCCCAAGCAUAAGGGCAUGAUGUAUUUUUCAUAUAUACAAAUAGUACAUGUGUUAAGUAGUUCCAUUUUUCUUGCAUAUUUCAAACAUAACAUUGAUACUGUUUGUCUUUGGUUGGCAAGUUCAAAGUGUUUAUAGCAACCGCAGUCCAGAAGUCGGUUCAGAGCAAGACCCGUGACUUACAGAACAGACAGAGAGAGAAGUUUAAAACCUGCUUAAAACUAGUGACAUGGCACUACCUCAGCUCUGGGGCGUCGGGUUGGAGCCACCAAGAAUGGGUUGAGUUUCAUUAGAUGCCACAGGGCUGAAGAUCUAGGGCAUCCCGAGUACUUCCAUGAGCCAAAGUUUUUUUCCAAAUGUGCCCUUUUCUCCUUGCUGAUCUGCUAAGCAACAGCCAGAGUGGUCCAUGCUGGAGUGCCCUUUGGGAAGAGCAGUCCUGACCAAGGCUUCCUCUGUUGGGCUGCUAUGUCUUCAGUGCCAGGCAGAGCAGAUCUGCCAUCCUAAUGGCUCUGGCCAAUGGCCUUAACUUAUUUUCCUGUUAUUUGUGUAUUUUUCAGAAGUACAGCUUUCAGUACUUCCAUUUCUUUCUAAAGGGCUUUUAAAUUGGUCAUGGAAAAGAUGAGCAGGCCUCUAAGUUUGAUAUGGACAUAAAGGCAAAAAUUAGAAAGCAGUAUUUGCACCAGAAAUAUCUUAUCUUGAAUAUCAAUUAACAUUCAAAGCCAAACACUAGAAAUAUUCUAAUCUGAAUUUGGAAUAUUGUUAAUAUCAUUUUUUUCAGGCAAGAUUCUGACUAAAUAUAACAGAGCUGGUGAACUUGGCUUAAAAGAGCUCUUUUUACAAGCUGUAGGUUAAAACACCUGCCUGCCAAAGCAGCUGUAAAAGCUCCCAUCAGCCAGACUGAACCCUGCCUGUCAUCUUUCCACCAACCUCUGUUUCCUAAUGAAUAUUUGCCCUAAAAAUACCCCCAAAAGAAAAUUCGUAACAUGUUACUAUUGCAAGUUUGACUAGUGUCUAAACUAUGUUUUUCUGUA